AUUCGUUUUUCUUCUCUCUCUCUCUCUCUCUCUCUCUCUCUCUCUGAGGGGUUCGUUGCAGAGUUGAAUUUUGUAGGUGGUGACGAACGAUGGGAAACACAUCUUCCAUGCUCACACAGUACGACAUUGAAGAAGUUCAACAACACUGCAAAAACGCAUUUACGCAGCAAGAGAUCGUUUCUCUAUACCAACGCUUCUGUCAGCUUGAUCGGAAUAACUGUGGUUUCAUUCCUUCCGAUGAAUUCCUCUCUAUUCCCGAAUUCGCCGUCAAUCCUCUCUCUCAGAGUAUGUUGAGAUUGCUCGAUGGCUUCAAUUUCAAGGAAUUUAUAGCUUUUUUGUCUGCUUUCAGUCCACGCGCCACUCUCCAACACAAAAUUGAAUUUAUUUUCAAGGUUUAUGAUACGGAUUGCAAUGGAAAAGUUAGCUUUGAUGACAUGUUGACGGUUUUGAGGGAUUUGACUGGACAAUAUAUGUCUGAACAACAGAGAAAGGAAGUUCUGGCACAAGUCCUUGAAGAAGCUGGUUAUACAAAGGAUUCUUUCUUAGUCUUGUCCGACUUCAUGAAGAUUCUGGGCAAUUCGGAUCUGAAGAUGGAAGCGGAGGUUCCCGUGGAUUAGAAUGAGGAUAGAAAUUUCCCUACAGUAUAAUAUAGCCACACAACAAAAAACUCUCAGUAGUUUGGGUUUGAUGAGGGAGAUUCUCGAUUCUGGUAUUCUUUUCUUCCUCAUAUUGAAUGAUGGAGUAUUUGUUGAUUGCAAAACAAAGAUUCGGGUGAUGAAGUUUUUAACAAUUGUGUUCAGCACUGUUUGUUUCUAUUUAGAAAUUAGAAAUAAUGUUUGAAGUAAAUAUGAGCUAUUUUGCUGUUGGUGUGGCAACUAUUAAGUUUUGUAUGAAGUUUGAAUAGUUGAUGAUAAUAUUUACUUUUUUGAACUAUAUAGUAAAUUAGUAAUAUUUGGAAGGUUUAUCUGGAA